UCUUUACGCUGAUUUGUCUAUGAAAAUUAAAAUCCCCGGAGUGCAGACGAUUCGGAAUGAUGAAUGCUUUGUUUUGAAUUACUUUGUGGACUAUUUAAGAUUGAAGAGAACCAGUGUUUGGUUUAUUGGAUCGAGGCUUUUUGUUAAAAACGAAGAAAUAUAUCUAAAGGAAUGAUGGUGGAGGGUUCUGCAUUUACUCGGAACGAUGUGUUUCAAAUGGCAAUACGUGUGGCAUUCGUAUCUGCUGUUACUUACUUCUCUAUUAAGUGGCUAGUUAAUCAGAUAGAUCCCACUUCGAAAAGUCGAAAGAAAGCAGAGGAAAAGGCGCGGGAACAGUUACGCAAGGUCUCUUCCAGAGCUGGCCUGGGCAGUAAGCACUCAGUGGUGUUUGACAAGUUGACUGACCAUGAAAUGAUCAUCGCUUCACAACUAGUGGUCCCAGAUGAGAUCAGCGUGAACUGGAAGGAUAUUGCGGGUCUUGACAAUUUAAUCAUGGAACUGCGUGAGACUGUCAUUUUGCCUAUUCAAAAGCGGGAGUUAUUUGCAGACAGUAGACUGACUCAGCCACCAAAGGGAGUCCUUUUGCAUGGUCCACCAGGUUGUGGAAAGACUUUAAUAGCAAAAGCGACAGCAAAGGAAGCAAACAUGAGUUUUAUUAACCUCGAUGUUUCAAUGCUAACUGACAAAUGGUACGGAGAGACACAAAAGCUAGCAGCUGCCGUCUUCAGUCUUGCUGUUAAGCUUCAGCCAUGUAUUGUGUUUAUAGAUGAAAUUGAAUCUUUCCUGCGCACACGCAACUCUCACGAUCACGAAGCAACGGCCAUGAUGAAGACCCAGUUCAUGUCUCUUUGGGAUGGACUUAUCACUGACCCCUCUUGUACCGUGAUCAUUAUGGGAGCAACGAAUCGACCCCAAGACCUGGACAAGGCGAUCCAGCGGCGUAUGCCUGCCACUUUCCACGUGCCCAUGCCCAACGAGUUCCAGAGGGAGAGGAUCCUGCAGUUGAUACUUCACAAGGAACCCGUUGCCCCCGAUAUCGAGUACAAGAAAUUAGCAGCCAGCUCCGAAGGCUUCUCGGGGUCUGAUCUCCACGAAGUGUGUCGUCAGGCGGCUGUCUAUCGCGUCAGGGAUUACGCCCGAGAGGAGAUGGCGAGGGAGAAAGAGUCUCAAGACAGCAGUAACAGUACGGAGUCAGAUGACGAAUACACAGACGCGAUGCGUCCAAUCACAAUGGAGGACUUACGACAUUCCUUGGCCAAGUUGAAGGAGUCCAAGAUCCAGUGCGGGUCGCUGGCGCCAUCUAUGAGGAUAGAGCUGGACUAAAUCAAGCCACGGAAACUCUGGAAUUUUCCACACUUGAAUGUUCCACGAAGAGGUUUUAGAAUGAUCGCGGAAGUCAAUGAUGUUCUGGAUUUUGAUGUUUAAAUCUUUGGUGUAUCUGGAAUCGUGGCGAUUCCGGAAAUAUACGUAAUGUUCCGCGAACAUUCUAAAACCAUAAGCGUUUUGGGAUAUUCAAAAGCUUUUAGAUUAAUUUCGAAGUAUUCAAGAAUUUCCGCGAAAAUUGUAAAUGUUAAACGCUUCUGGACAUUUCGCGAAGAUUCUGGAAAUUUCGGAAUUUGUAGAAUUUUAAUAGUUAAAUUGACUUGUUGAGUUACGGCUUUUUGAACGUUUUGGUUCUGGGACGAAUGUAUUUAUUUGGUUUUUUUUUAAAAAUUCAACUCCAAAAUUAUCCAGCGUAGAUUUUAAUUAGUUUUUUAAAACUUAAGUUAUUUGAGGUCACACAAUAUAAUCCUACAAUAGCUAUUUGAUGUCUAUAGUAUUUAAAUAAGGGGCCUAAUAUUGUUGUACUGUAUAUGAACUCAAUUGACCAUACUUGAUCGCCGAAGGUCCCGGAUUUGAUUCUGGGAUAUAAAAAAGCUGCUUGCUUAUCGAUCAAUGAUAUCACAUGAACAGGAACAUUUAAUUAGUGUAAUAUUUAAACAUUUUGACAUAAAUUAUUAGAUAGAUAACUAAAUAAUCCCGAAAAACACGGAUUUAUGGCAAUUUUUAAAUGAAAAAUGAUGACUAAUAGUUAAAUUACAAAAUAAAUGUAUUAGAAUCCAGGGCUGUAUUCAAUUUUAGCAUAUUCAUCUUUAACUUAACACGAAUUUGAAGUUUUCUGUACAUAAUCUAAAAUAAAGAUUUUUUUGUUUGUAAUCGAUAACCUCUAAACGGCUGAACCACUUUUUUCAUUAUAUAUUAUCACUGAUAUAUCUACUUUCAAUAGGAGAAUAUUUUGUAUGUCUCAUAUUUUUGGUUGAUAUCUUAUUUUUAAAUAAUAUCUUGAAUGUUUGAAUUGAAAUAUAUAUUUGUGCUUAAAAGUCCAUUGACGAUGGCUGUAAGCUACGAAGGUGACACUGCAGAGCACAUUAAGUUUUGAAAGCUCCGAACAGCUUUUCCUUGCAUCGUUAUUACAAUGUAAUUGUUAAUUUCAAUUUGUUAUGCCCAAAAUUCCACUCAAAUAUGGUUUGUGAGUUUAAAAAGAGUGGAUUCACUGCUUAAUACAGGUUUUAUGUAGAUAAAUUGUAAAUAAAGGGAAAUAAAAUGUUGAGAAUGUUUUUGUUUUA